UUGGGACGGGCUGUAGGGUGGGAAAGCGGGACGGUUCCUUUGUUUACCUCCACCAGCGUCCACCACCACCACCACCACCUGACCGUCGCACUCGUCACUCCCUCGUCACACUCGUCACUCGUCAUGCCUGUGGGGGCUGGGGGGCUGCUCUCCGCCAAGCCGAAACCGUCGGCUGAGAAUGUGCGAUGUCAGAAGUGCCUGGAGAUUGGCCACUGGACCUACGAGUGCACGGGAAAGAGGAAAUACGUGCACAGGGACUCCCGCACCUCCAUGCUGAACAAGCGACUCAAGGAUGACAAGGAGGAGCAACAGAUAGAACAUUUAAAGAAGAUGGCACAACAGAAGGAAAGAUCACAGAGGAAAGAGAAGAAGAAAGGAAGCAAACCCAGAAAGCGAGACUCCUCAUCCUCCUCCUCCUCCUCCUCCUCAUCCUCAUCCUCGUCUUCCUCUUCCUCUUCCUCCUCAUCCUCGUCAUCUGAUUCCUCCUCAUCAUCAUCAUCUUCAUCCUCCUCUUCCUCCUCAUCAGACUCAGAAUCAGACUCCUCUUCAAGCUCCUCCUCUUCCUCCUCCUCUUCCUCCUCUUCCUCCUCCUCAAAGUCUUCCAAAGCUGAACGGAAGAAGACGCAGAGUAAGAAGAAGGAGAAGAAGGGCACCAAGAAAUGAUGACUGGCCCAGAGCAUCACCACCACAUCACCAGCAUGUCACCACUCACCCACAAGAUGCGCUGGUGGUUGAGGUGAAGUGACACAAGCCCCAACCAUCACCACCACCACCACCACCACCACCACCACCACCAGUGCCCUUCAGUACCUGGUGAUUGUUGUGAGAGAGACACACCCUACCUUUGCACUUCAGUCAUUUCUUGUAGUGAGAGAACUUGAUAGGUUUACAGGUUACUGGAGAAUGGAAGGAUUGGAUUGGUGGUGUAUUUAGGAUGAUGUACCUUGUCACUCAUUCACUCCACUCAUCUGCUCCAUGAAACAGUGCUCACAGACUCAGGCGGGCAAACACAUUAGUAUUAGGUAAUGCAUGUUUACGGUGACACAAGGUACAGGUCUGAAGGAAACUCAAGUGCACUUUUCUUAUGACUCAGAGGUUGUAUGGCAGUUCUUGUGAUGCAAAGGUUGUAUGGUGGUUCUCCAGAUGCUUGUCUCUGUCCACAGUAGAAGCCUUGGUUGGACAUCUUCGUGGUCUAGACAUACAGGGGCAGGGUGGGCAGGAGGGGUGGCUCAGGCUGACAUGGGUGCUGCAGAUGACGGGGCACACCACAUCUCAUGCCCUCACUCUUUUUCUUGCCCAAUGAGUGCUGGGAACAUCCUUGGGCAGGCUGGACACAACUAGCUUAGCCUGCAGCUCCAUCACUUUGGCCUGCAGCUCUGCACUCCUUGCCUGCUCCUCAACAUCAGCACCUGUUCUUGUCUGUUUCAUUCAAGGGCAGUUUCAUGCUGGCCUUUGUCUCUCGGGUGUAACAUUUCAGCAGCACUGCAUCUGAAAACACCUCACUCACUACUGGCUUGUCUUGGUGAGACUCCAGAACCAAGUGGAAGAUGGUGUGAGAGUGGAAACUGCAUUCACUCAUUUGGUGCUGGCAAUGUGUCUGUUCUCCCCUCUCCUGACAAUGUCCAGCAACUGAUCCUCACAAUUGGCAUACUCCUCCUUCAGGUCAACCACAUACAUGGCCCCUGAUUGGUCCUCAGGGAUGUUGAGGGAGCACCCCUUCAUGUCCCACCCCGCCAGGAGAUUGGAAAUUAUUUGGUUGUAGAUAUCCGUGUAUGAAGGUCUGAUCUAGUACUUGCAUUCAGGUGUGGCAUCAGUGAAGUGGAAAAUGAUCUAUGCAGCCACUGGAGUGAUGCCUGGGCUGCUGUGGUCUGUUGUCAUGGUAGUGGUGGAGGUGUUGCCUGAUGAUUGCCCAUACACAAAGGUGGUGGUGUUAAAGCCAGUGAGGGUAGACUCAGUGAUGGUUAUUGCAACCUCACAGUACACAUCACUCUCCAUGUUGGGGCCAGACACGCCAUCAAACACAUGGGGAGCACCAAGUGGUUUGUGGUAGGCUGGGUAGACCUGCAGUGCCGUGGUCGUCCUGAAUGUCCCAGUGUGAGAGGUGCCAUGUCCACCACCUCCCUCUUGAUGAAGGGACACCCAAACCAUGACCCUGAUGUCUGACAUAGUGCUCACUGCUGACCUCGUGACCUAGACUGUGGUUAGGAUGUGAUUCAUGUAGCUUUUCAUAACACCAAUGUCUAAUAUUGGGUUAGACAUUGUUUAUAUUGCAAAGUUAUAUGAAUUGCUAAAUACUAAGUACAGUACCGGAGUGUAAUCCUAGAAAAUGACUCAUCACUCACUGUAAUGCUCCCUUCAGCCACUUCAUGGAAACAGAAAUUAAUCUCGGGACACCAUGAGACCCCUGCCGUGAUCAGACCAUUGAGCAGAGUACGGUGUCUCAGGCAUUGGGACCUGACUGCCAUCAGGGCUCAGGGUAAUCUUUGAAACCUUUGUGCCUCCAGUCACUGCAUCCCCACAUGUCUGCCUCUCCCCCACACUGUGCACCACUCCUCUGCAUAGAAUGACGUGCUCUGGAUGUCCACCUAAAUUGUAUUUGUAGGACGAAUAUUCAUCUGAUUCAUAAACUUUGUAAGAGGUCUUGAAUGCAUCCAAUUUACUUCCCAAUUUGAAACGUGAACAUCCAGUUUAUAAAGAGUUUACUGUAUUACCAUAUCCAGGAGCCUGUGAGGAGUGUGGGAGUGACUGUUGAGUGUGGCAGAGGUUGUCAUGUGUACAGCUUGUUAUAUCCUGAAUUGGCUAAGUGGUUGUCAGGGUGCUGGGUGUGCUGCUCAGGGAUGCUGUGGCUGCUGCUUGUUGGGCGGGACAGGGAAGCAUUUAGGGUUGGCUUGUGACAGUUCACCUCCUCUCUGUGUUCAUGUCACUUAUCAAGAGGUUCCGACAGAGGUUCUUUUACUGCAGUGUCUUAUGAAUUUAUAGUGGGUUGAUAUGCUUUCAUACUUUUAUUCAUUUCGUAUCAAGAAGUUCUUUUACUAUAGUUUUCUUAAUGUGUAUUUAGUGUAUUUAAUAUGUAUUUAGUGUGACAAGAUAUACUUUCAUAUUCUUUUGCCAAAUGAUGUAUUUAAAAUGUGGGUAGUUUUUAUAACAUUAGAUAUUCUGGUAGUGUAUUAUUAUUAUUAUUAUUAUUAUUAUUAUUAUUAUUAUUAUUAUUAUUAUUAUUAUUAUUAUUAUCAUUAUCAUUAUUAUUAUUAUUAUUGUCGUUAUCAUUGUUAUUAUAUAAGAAUGAUCGAGUGUGUAACUCUUCCUAUACGUAUCCAGUAACGCAGUGUGAGAGGCGCCUUGAGAUGCUGCACAGCCACCAACUUGACAAAGCUCACACUGGUCUUAUUGUAUAUUUUUCAUAAUCCAGAAGUACUACAAGCCA